CUGAGGGAAGGAGGAGUUUUUUGCGCACAAGUUUGAGUAAAAACCUGCACUUCUCUUUCAUGUAGCGCCCUCAACAAGUGGUGGAGCCGCUUACACCAAACUUUUAUCAAAUAUUAUGGAAAUUCCUGCCAUAAAUCUAAAGGCCAUAGUGCUGGCACAUUGGCUGCUGACGAUAUGGGGUAGCAUGGCGUGGCUGCCCUACUCCUAUUCUUGGGGGAACUUCAGCGUAUUAGCAGUCGGGGUCUGGGCCAUUGCACAAAGGGACUCCAUCGACGCCGUGCUCAUGUUCCUGAUGGGGAUGCUUGUGACGAUACUGACCGACAUCGUCCAUUUUAGCAUCUAUUACCCGACCAAUGAAAUGUCAUUAGACCGGGGAAACAACGUGUUCCGAUUCAGCGCAGGCAUGGCCAUCCUCGGUCUGCUGAUCAAACCGGUGUCCUGCUUCUUCGUCUACCAAAUGUACCGCGAAAGAGGAGGAGAUUAUAACGUCAACUUUGGCUUCCCCUCAGUAACAAGAAACAGAGACGCCUACCAGUCCAUCGACCAGCAGGACCAGACCUCAGGCCCGGCGAACCCGUUCAACCAGCAGCAGGAGGGCAAAUCUGGAGCUCGCACGUACUGAGAGGAGCAGGAUGCAGCGUUUUCCUCUCACUUAUAAGCAGCAGAGCACCUCUCAAGUGUCAUUUUUUUACCAUCAUUCCUACACCGCUGUUUGUGUUUCUACAGUGAGUCUGCUGAGAACAAAUUUGAUACCCGUAUGAUUGGGAAUAAGCCGCUCCGUUUGGGUUUAAGGAAGCAAUGCAGCGUAAAUAAACCAAUUAAAGUCUCCCUUCAAA